CCCUCCUCAAUCCUCACGGGUCUGUUUAUCGUGUGAGCGCGCAUUUCUUGAACUGAGAUUUGCUUGGAGCCUCUCCGUUUCUCGUAGAAGAAGAAUUCACUAGUGAAUUCGCUUCUAUUGAGCUUUACCUUCUCUGAAUUUUCUCGAUAAAGGUUCCUUAAGCUUGGCAAGCGCAAGAGCGAGAGCUGCUCAUCGUCUAGCUAGUGAUUUUUCUUCUUUACCGUUUUUGGAUUUCUGGACAAUAUGCCUGUUUCCACAUUAACUGAAAGUUGAAAGGGGACCGUGAUCGUUUUGGUGGUCCAACCGCCAAAGUGGCUCCGUAGUAUCUUGGGCGAUUUUCAUAAACCCUCAAGUUUCCAAAAUUAACAAACAAGUCCAUUCGACUGCGAUAUUUUCUAUUCAUACCAAGAUGAGCGAAACUUGUAGGGCACAUGCUGAUGACUCUACUAAACCUUUCAAAUGAAAAUUUUGGAGUUUCCAGUAUAAAGCCUCUAAUUCAUAUUAUUUUUUAUUCUGUUCUAAAAAAUAAUUGUGGAGCCGAAAUACUGAAAAUACGUUUCAAAGAGCGCGGCAAAAAAUAAGUACGUUUCUAUUUUUUGUUUAUGCUUUUUUCCCCUCUUGGGCGUCGGGUAGGUGAGCGAGAAAAUGCUAAGGAUUGCGGGAGCACAACAACAUUUGAAGGGCGUUCGUCCUUAUUGGCGGAAGUUUUAUGGCGGUCAUCUCAACAAUGCUCGAAUGAUAUCCCCAAAUUCUCAAAUUUGCUUCUGCAGAAGAAAUUAUAGACGCUUAGUAACUCAGUGCUCAGCAGCAGCAGCAAUGACUGUCACUCCCAAGAUUUCAAUCAACGAUGGGAACCUUGUUGUUCAUGGGAAGACCAUAUUAACUGGAGUGCCAGAUAACAUCGUCUUGACUCCUGGAUCGGGCGUGGGACUCGUUGCUGGUGCAUUCCUUGGUGCCACUGCUUCCAAUAGCAAAAGUCUCCAUGUCUUUCCUGUAGGCGUUUUAGAGGGUCUCCGUUUCAUGUGUUGUUUCCGUUUUAAGUUAUGGUGGAUGACCCAGAGGAUGGGCAAUUGUGGGAGAGACAUUCCUUUGGAGACCCAGUUCAUGCUAGUGGAGAGCAGAGAUGGUGGUGAAGGGGUUGAUCAGGAUGAUGCCCAGACUAUCUAUACUGUCUUCCUUCCCCUACUUGAAGGCCAGUUCCGUGCUGUUCUGCAAGGCAAUGAAAAGAAUGAGAUGGAGAUCUGCCUUGAGAGCGGGGAUAAUGCUGUUGAAACCAAGCAGGGCCUUUACCUAGUCUACAUGCAUGCUGGGACCAACCCCUUUGAAGUUAUCAAUCAGGCAGUAAAGGCUGUGGAAAAACACAUGAAAACUUUCCUUCAUCGUGAAAAGAAAAAGUUGCCAUCUUUCCUUGACUGGUUUGGAUGGUGCACUUGGGAUGCGUUUUACACUGAUGUCACAGCUGAGGGUGUUGAGGAAGGCCUUAAAAGCCUAUCAGAGGGAGGGACUCCUCCACGAUUUUUGAUCAUAGAUGAUGGUUGGCAACAGAUUGAAACCAAAGCUAAGGAAGAUGCUAAUGCAGUUGUGCAAGAAGGAGCACAAUUUGCAAGUAGGCUCACUGGAAUAAAGGAGAAUGCAAAAUUUCAGAAGAAUGGUGAAAAUGCUGAGGAGGCCAGAGGACUAAAGCAUGUUGUUGAAGAUGCCAAGCGACGACACAAUGUGAAGUUUGUGUAUGUGUGGCAUGCUUUAGCUGGCUACUGGGGUGGAGUAAAUCCAGCAGCUGCUGGAAUGGAACAUUAUGACCCUGCAUUGGCAUAUCCAGUUCAGUCUCCUGGUAUACUAGGCAACCAACCAGACAUUGUCAUGGACAGUCUCGCUGUCCAUGGCCUUGGUUUGGUGCAUCCCAAGAAGGUUUUCGACUUCUACAAUGAGCUUCACGCCUACUUGGCCUCAUGUGGGGUAGAUGGAGUGAAGGUUGAUGUUCAAAACAUCAUCGAGACUCUUGGUUCUGGUCAUGGUGGUAGAGUUUCCCUCACCCGCAGCUACCACCAAGCUCUUGAGGCUUCAGUUGCGCGAAACUUCCCUGACAAUGGAUGUAUUGCAUGCAUGUGCCAUAACACUGAUGGGAUCUAUAGUGCCAAGCAGACUGCAGUUGUGAGAGCUUCUGAUGAUUUUUACCCUAGGGACCCUGCUUCCCACACCAUUCAUAUUUCUUCCGUGGCUUACAACACCGUAUUCCUUGGAGAAUUUAUGCAACCUGACUGGGAUAUGUUCCAUAGCUUACACCCUGCUGCUGAUUAUCAUGGCGCAGCUCGUGCUAUUGGUGGGUGUGCAAUCUAUGUCAGUGAUAAGCCCGGCAACCACAACUUUGAGCUGCUGAAGAAGCUAGUCCUUCCUGAUGGAUCAGUUUUGCGUGCCCAACUUCCUGGUAGGCCAACCCGUGAUUCUCUCUUUGUUGAUCCAGCAAGAGAUGGCACCAGCUUGCUUAAGAUAUGGAAUGUGAACAAAUGUACCGGUGUGGUUGGUGUUUUUAAUUGCCAAGGUGCUGGUUGGUGCAAAGUUGAAAAGAAAACCCGCAUUCAUGAUGCUUCUCCUGGUACCCUCACGGGCUCUGUUCGUGCCACUGACGUGGACUGUAUUGCCCAAGUUGCUGGUGCAGAUUGGAAUGGGGAGACAAUAGUAUAUGCCCACAAAUCAGGGGAGGUGUUUCGGCUGCCUAAAGGUGCUUCUGUGCCGGUGACACUGAAAGUUCUCGACUUUGAACUCUUCCAUUUCUGUCCAAUUAAGGAAAUCACUUCCAACAUUUCAUUUGCACCAAUUGGGUUGCUUGACAUGUUCAACACAGGCGGUGCUGUGGACCAAUUUGAAAUCAAGAUGGCUUCUGACAAGAAGCCAGAGCAUUUGGAUGGUGAGGUCUCCACAGAUGUGACUACUUCACUGAGCGAAAAUCGUUCCCCAACUGCAACCAUUGCACUCAAAGUCAGAGGCUGCGGACGUUUCGGGGCAUACUCUUCACAGCGCCCAUUGAAAUGCAUUGUUGGUAACGCUGAAACCAACUUCAACUAUGACCCUGAUACUGGACUAGUGACCCUGACUCUCCCCGUACCAGAGGAGGAGAUGUAUAGAUGGCCUGUGGAGAUCCACGUUUAGGCAAAAGCUCGAAGUAGUUUGAAGAGAUGACACCACCAUCUCCAGUGGAGGGGAGGGAAUGUGCUUAUGGGUACUGGGAGUGAUGGUCUUGUAAUGGAAAAGAUGGGGUGAGAGAUAUUGUACACUUGAGAUGGUGGUGAUGGUAUCUCAUCUAGAUGAGUGCUAAAAAAAAAAGAAAAUCCACUAACAGUAUUUCACUUUAAAUAAAAGAAAAAAGCUUGAUAAAUCAGGUUAAUA